UAACAAAAUUGUACUUGCUUGUUUUUGUCCUUUUGUAAAAUAAUCCCAUUCCCAUAUCUGCAGUCACAAGACAGUGCUAUCAUUAUUACCUUUCUGACCUUCUUUGGAGUCAUCUCUCAGCGGGAUGGAGAUUGUUCAUGAAUAUGUGAAGCUCCGCAGUGACUUUGGCCGCCAGUGUCUCUUUUCGGACCGUCAUGUGGAGCUGCUAGUCGAUGUUGCUCCAAACCCAAAGCUGGCGAUGCAGUUUGUUCUGAAGGAGACAAGAGACCUGGGAGUGCAGGGCUGCUGGGAAAUGUCGGAACAUGAGGUUAACACGAAAAGGUUUGAGUUUGAAAACCAGGGGAUAAAUCAUGUGGAAGGGGGGUGGCCAAAAGAUAUCAACCCACUCGAGAUGGAACAAACUAUUCGCUUUAGGAAGAAGGUGGAGAAAGAUGAAGGCUACAUGAAUAGCAUCCAGGUACUAGGCACGCUAAUAGGACAAUGUGUUGGACAGAAUAAUGCUGUGGACAUUUACCAAGAGUACUUUAAAGACGAAGAACUGCUGGAUGAAAUUCAGGAAGCACCGUCUGUGAAGAUCGUCAAUGUAUUCAGAGACCCGAACAAGGAACAACGAAACAUCACCGGUCUUUCUUGGCAACCCGGUGGAGGCACGAAUCUGGCGGCUGCCUACUCCUGCCUUGAAUUGCAAAAAGCCACAGCAGACAUGAGCAAAGACUCAUACAUCUGGGACAUUGAGAACCCCAACCACCCUAAAACUGUUCUCGUACCGACAUCUCAACUCAUCUGUCUGGAUUACAACCCCCAGGACUUGCACACGCUUGUCAGUGGGUGUGUCAAUGGGCAGAUUGUGUUAUGGGAUGCCCGUGAUAGCCAACAGCCUGUGGCAGUUUCCUCAUUGGAGCAGAGUCACAGAGAGCCUGUUUACAAGAUGAUCUGGUUGCAAUCGUCUACUGGGACAGAAGCCUUCUCUGCCUCCACCGAUGGACAGAUUUUGUGGUGGGAUGUCCGCCAAAUGAAGCAGCCCACAGAGCGGCUGGUUCUGGACCUGAGUAGGAAAGACAACCUAGACACUGCUUUAGGAGCCAUCUCUCUGGAAUAUGAGCCUACCAUGCCAGACACAUUUAUGGUGGGGACUGAACAGGGAGCUGUUGUGUACUGCAACAGGGCUGGGGAGACUCCAAGUGAGAAGAUUGUCUGUACAUACGAUGGCCACCACGGACCUGUCUAUGCCAUCCAAAGGAACCCUUUCUUUCCUCAAAACUUCCUGACAGUAGGAGACUGGGGAGCCCGCAUUUGGUCAGAAGACAUCAAGGAGUCAUCUAUCAUGUGGACAAAGCACCAGAUGGCAUACUUAACAGACGCCUGCUGGAGUCCUGUCAGACCCUCAGUCUUCUUCACUGUGAAUAUGGAUGGUGUGCUGGACAUCUGGGACAUCUUGUUUAAGCAGAUUGACCCCACUCUAAGCGUUAAGGUGCAUGAUGAAGCUCUGUGUAGCCUUCAAGUGCAUAACGAUGGAUGCAUGGUAGCUUGCGGCUCUCAGCAGGGUGCCACCACACUAUUGGAAAUCUGCUUAGGAUUGUGCACUCAACAGAAUAAUGAGCAGAAUCUCCUGGGCGAGAUGUUGGAACGUGAGACAAAACGCGAAAAGAUCCUCAGGGCUUCUCAGAGAGGAGGGGACGAGGCAGGGAACAGUGAGGAAAGUCCAAAGGAGCUUCUCCUCAGAGCUGACUAUGACUUCCACAACUUGGUGGAGUCGGAGCAGAGGAGGAAACAAUGGGACUCGAGACAGCGGCAUUAUCCGUAAAUGGGAGAGGCAUACAGCAGAUGACAACAAGAAUCCAAGAAGUAGAUGUACUAGUAGAGCUUCAGCGUGAUGUUUGGCAAGAUGGUCAUAUUUUCAAGUUGAAAAAAAAAAUGUUAUAGAGGCAACAUUUUCCUUCAACCAAUUUGUCAUUACAGAUAUUGGAGGUACCUAAAGGCAAAAGUCAUAAUACCAAGUAAUGUUCCUUUUCAUAUUAUUUUCCAUGUCAAAGCAAGAAACAUAGAUUUUGUAUCUGACACCUCUACAAUGUUACAGUUUGGCAAGAUCCAAGGGCAAAUCACUACAAAACUGAAAAUGAAUUGCAUCUGAUUCAAGAUAGCUGAUGCAUCUGGGGUCAAAGGCCCAAUCAGUACAUAUUCGUUAUGAUCUUUAGUCUCAAUUUUAAGCAAUGUGAUUAUUACGCAAUAUUUCAUAGCAAAAUCAGUACUAAUUUUAAGUAGGUACAGCACGUCCAGAGCGCGAUGCCCAACACAUAUAAGACACAGGUACUCAGUACAUGCUUUCAGCAUUGAUCUACAAGUUUCAAAUAAUUUUCCUCGAUGCUAAUCAGUGAGCUUUUGUAUGGGUUUUUAGAAACAUUUAUAAAAUUACUUUUUGACAAUGACAUUUUGAGUGUGUGCGUGAGAAGUAGUUGGCAAUAUUGAAACAUUAAGAAUGUCUCAACUCAACAGGUUGACAAAUCAGAGAGGAACUAUAGUUGAUAUAUUGUAGCAUGGCUGAGAAAGCAGAAGUGACGCCCACAUAGAAAACAAGGAAAACACUGGGGAAGGGAAAAACCUAACCCUGACAGUCAAAAUCUCUGCAGGAAGGAAGAGCUCAAGGUUGUCUGCAAAGCUAUUAUACAAAGUACUAACCUUUUUUUUCUGACAGAAUUUGUUGGGACACAAAAUGUAUGUGCUCAUUUCUAGCGCCACCCUAGCUCUGCAUAAAACUUCCAGUUUCAGUAUUUUUUUCCCCUCAAAGUACAAUAGCAUUAGUUGUAGACUAGUUAGCUCCCAAUAGCAUGACUAUUUUCAUGUGUGAAAGUAAACAAUGAAAUUCUAUAUUCUUUGUU